AUGCCAGGAGAAACUCGAUGGAACAGUUUUUAUUCAAUGUGUGAUAGCAUUUUAAAAACACAAAAAGCAUUGCAAAUAUUAGCUGUCAAAUAUGAACCACCACUUUUAGAAAAUCGUCACAAACCAGGAAGUAAUCUUACAUUACCCAGAGAAAUAUUUGAAAUUAUUAUGUCUGAUAUCUUUUGGGAUCAACUUGUACAUAUUGUUAAAAUCCUUGAGCCUUAUUGCAAACUGCUUAAUAUCUUAUAG